AUGGGUGGCACCAACACGUGCGGGGAUUCGGGAUACUUCAACACGGAUGUGGAUAUGGGUGGCACCAACACGGGCGGGGAUUCGGGUGGCACCAACAUGGGCGGGGAUUCGGUUGGCUCCAACACGGAUGUGGGUAUGGAUGGCACCAACACGGGCGGGGAUUCGGGUGGCACCAACACGGGCGGGGAUGCGGGUGGCACCAACACGGGCGGGGAUUCGGUUGGCACCAACACGGGCGGGGAUUCGGGAGGCUCCAACACGGAUGUGGAUAUGGGUGGCACCAACAUGGGCGGGGAUUCGGGUGGCACCAACACGGGCGGGGAUACGGGUGGCACCAACACCGGGGGGACUCGGGUGGCACCAACACGGAGGGGUGACCCAAACGAGGUUAUUUUAGAAACAUUCCCAGACCACAGAUCUCACAAAAACUCAAAAUAUAUCUGGAUAACACAGAAAACGGGGAAAAGUUUGGAAUACGAUUUUAUUCAAAACUCCACAAUCAAAACAGUAUUAGACUCUCCAAUAGUGUUGAAACCCGCGACACAAGCAGAUGAAACAGACGUUAUAUGGCCAAGUUUGGAUCGUUACGAGGACGAUAGGAUAGUGAAACAGAUGAAAUUUAAAUCUAAGUCCGUCUUAAAACUAGAAAAACUCGGCAAAAAGAUACCGGUGAAAAAUAUUUUGCUGUACAAUGGCUAUAAUGACUGGGGAGUCAAACCUGGACGAACAUCAUUCGUGGAACAAAAGUGCCCCGUUAGCGCGUGCGCGCUGACGGACCGCCGAGUGCACGGACGGAAUGCGGACGCUGUUCUGUUUCGCCAGGAGCCGCGUGUUCCAUGGACGAGGCGGCCGCCUAAUCAGCGGUGGAUCCUUUUCUUGUUGGAGGCGCCAUACUUCACUCCAAACUUGGACCGCUUCCGGGGACUCUUCAACUGGGUCUCCUCCUACCGACGGGAUUCCGACAUCGCCGCGCCGUAUGAAAAGUUUGUUAAAUACAACCCACCGCGACACACGCUUAAUGCAACAAGAAACUACGCGGCCGGAAAGACCAAGAAGGUCGCUUGGUUUGUUUCUAACUGCGAGGCCGCCAACAGCCGCCUAGAAUACGCCAAGGAGCUGGGCCGCCAUAUACAGGUGGAUAUAUACGGAAAGUGUGGCACCCACAAAUGUCCCAGAGGCAAAGACGCAUGUCUGCAGAUGUUGAAGAAAGACUACAAGUUUUACCUGUCCUUUGAGAACUCAAACUGCCGGGAUUAUAUAACUGAGAAAUUCUUCUUUACGGGCCUUCAGCAUGACGUCAUCCCUAUCGUGAUGGGCGCGGCUCCCGAGGACUACCGGCGCGCCGCCCCACAUUACUCGUUUAUCCACGUGGAUGAGUACCCGAACCCGCGAGCACUCGCAGACUACCUUCACCAACUGGAUGCAAACGACAAUGCUUAUAAUGAGUACUUCCGGUGGAAGGGAACCGGGGAAUUUGUCAACACAUAUUUUUGGUGUCGCUUGUGCGCCAUGCUCCAUGACGACACGCGACAAAUGACGACAUACGAUGACGUCAACAAGUGGUGGCGCGGGAAGGAUGUGUGUAUUGGAAAGGACAGAUGGGGCGAACACGCGGACAGAGGGCGCUACAUCUCAGACUUUUAUUCUUAG